AUGGGGAGAUUCUGCGAUCUGGCAAUUCUAUGUCCCGAUAUGGUUCCUACUGACAGCAAGAAAAUAGAGAGAUAUAUUUGGGGAUUGUCUCCCCAAAUUCAGUUAAGUGUGUUAGCAUCGAGGCCUGAUACUUUCGACAGUGCCAAAGAACUAGCACAAUCUCUUAUUGACCAUGGAAACUACUGGAACUCAGUAGUUGGUGUUCAAGAUCAGCAAAAAGAAAACAACUUUGGGAAACAAGGUGGGAACAAGAGGAAAGACGAGUCUUCACAAGAAUCCUCAAGGAAACAACACCAGGGACAUACGAUACGUUACUGCAAGAAUCCAGCAAGACCGAUCAACCAACUACCCAAUGCAGGUGUGAGCCAGGCUUGCUACGGAUGUGGCAAGGUGGGUCAUUACAAAAGGGACUGCCCAGGAACAGCGAAUACAGGAACAGACGGAAGGAUGCUAACAAUCACUGCUGCCGGAGAGGCUACUCCGAACCCACGUUAA